AUGGUGAAGCCAGACAUCCAUACUCUGGCCCACCACCUGAAACAGGAGCGGCUUUAUGUGGCAUCAGAGAAGCAGCUGAUCCAGAGACUCAACAGUGAUGUCCUGAAAACCGCCGAGAGACUAUACCGAGCUGCAUGGAUUGCCAAACAACAGCGGAUCAACCUUGAUCGGCUCAUUCUUACCAGUGUGGAAGCCUCUCCAGCUGAAUGUUGCCAACAUGCCAAAAUGCUGGAAGACACACAGUUUGUUGAUGGCUACAAGACUCUGGGCUUCCAAGAGACCAUCUAUGGGGAGUUCCUGGCCCGUAUGAGGGAAAACCCCAGACUGGUAGCAUCUUGCCUUGUGGCAGGUGAAAGAUUGAACCAGGAGCACACUCAGGGGGUCAUCCACACCGUUUUCACCUCACUUUAUGGCAACUGUAUAAUGCAAGAGGAUGAGAGUUACUUGUUACAGGUGUUGCGGUACUUAGUAGAGUUCGAGCUAAAAGAGAGUGACAACCCACGACGCCUUCUGCGACGAGGCACAUGUGCCUUCAGCAUCCUGUUCAAGCUCUUCUCUGAGGGCCUGUACUCAGCUAAACUCUUCUUAACUGCCACCCUCCACGAACCCAUUAUGCAGUUGUUGGUGGAAGAUGAAGACCACCUAGAGACCGACCCAGGAAAAGUGACUGAGCGCCUGACUCGUGUCCAGCAGGAGCGUUUUGGAGAGAAAGGCUCUGAGGGCUACAAACAAAGAGUGCAGGCAGCUGUUGAGACCAAUGAAGCAAAGUUAGUUGCUUUGGUCAACAAGUUUAUUGGUUAUUUGAAGCAGAACACCUACUGCUUUCCCCAUAGCUUGCGAUGGAUCGUAUCGCAGAUGUACAAGACUUUGUCAUGUGUGGAAGGUUUAGAGAUAGGAGAGGUGCGUACCAUGUGUACUGACUUACUACUGACCUGCUUCAUCUGUCCAGCAAUCGUUAACCCUGAACAGUAUGGUAUCAUCUCAGAUGCCCCUAUUAAUGAAGUGGCACGCUUCAAUUUGAUGCAGGUUGGUCAGCUUUUACAGCAGUUGGCGAUGGCUGAUGACGAUGCAGACCCUAGACGAAAAAGCUGUUUGUCCAAAUUUGAUAAAAGCUGUGUUGCAGCUUUUCUGGAUGUGGUGAUUGGUGGCAGAGCAGUUGAAACACCACCUAUGUCAUCAAUGAACCUUCUUGAAGGCCUUAGUAGGACUGCAGUUUAUGUUUCGCAUCAUCAAUUAAUUGCAUUGGUGGAUUUUGUGCGUAGUGUCACGGCUGGAGACCACCUCCGGGAGGAGGAGCACAUGGCCUUAGAAACUCUGCUGGCCAAUGUGCCCCAAUCACAGACUGGGAAGAGCAACAGUCUGGAACUCACCCCUUCCAACACCCCCCAACUCUCCCCUGCGAGCACUCCAGCUAAUAAGAAGAACAGGCUCCCCAUAGGACAACACUUAGCCGCUAUAACAUCCUGGGACCCUACAACCUCCUCCCUGUCUGCUCAUAUUCCAUUAGUAACCCCUUUUGCAGCUGCUAGGAGCCGCAGCCGUACCAACAUUGCCCAGGAGGGGGAAGCAGAGGCUAGCUCCCAAGAGUCGUUACAAGAACUGAUGCCAGAAGAGGUGCUUGUGAUAUCGUUUGGAAAUGGUCCUCAGACUGUCCCUGGAAUGAUGUCAGAGAAUGAGGUUUUGAACUGUCAAUUGGCUGAUGCUGCACAAGGUGACAGCCAUGCAGACGACACAAAGCUUCAUGGUAAACCGGACAAAACACUGCGCUUCUCACUCUGCAGUGACAAUUUGGAAGGCAUCUCUGAGGGUCCUUCCAAUCGUUCUAAUUCAGUAUCAUCUCUUGACCUUGAGGGAGAAUCUGUUUCUGAGCAUGGAGCUGGACCUUCGGGGAGCAACGGGGUGGAGGCUCUUCAGCUUUUGGAGCACGAACAAGCCACCACACAGGACAACUUGGAUGAUAAACUGCGCAAAUUCGAGAUAAGAGAUAUGAUGGGCCUGACAGAGGAUCGAGACAUUUCUGAGACUGUCAGUGAGACCUGGAGCACCGAUGUGCUUGGUAGUGAUUUUGACCCAAACAUGGAUGAAGAUCGGCUUCAGGAAAUAGCAGGGGCAGCUGCAGAGAACAUGCUCGGCAGCCUGCUGUGCCUCCCGGGAUCAGGCUCAGUGUUACUGGACCCCUACGGCUCCACAAUCUCAGAGACCACAAGCGAGGCAUGGAGUGUGGAAGUCCUGCCAAGUGAUUCAGAGGCUCCAGAUUUGAAGCAGGAGGAACGGCUGCAGGAGCUUGAGAGUUGCUCAGGGGUUGGCAGCACCUCAGAUGAUACAGAAGUCCGGGAGGUCAGCUCAAGACCAAGCACUCCUGGCCUCAGUGUCGUCUCAGGUAUCAGUGCGACAUCAGAAGACAUCCCCAACAAGAUAGAAGAUCUGCGCUCUGAGUGCAGCUCAGACUUUGGAGGGAAGGACUCUGUGACCAGUCCAGAUGGGGAGGAGUCAGGCCACGGGGCACACCUGCCAGCAUCACAAGAGGUUUCUUUAAUGGUCUUGUUUGAUCCCCUCUGUGGUGAAGGGUCCACAACUGGGACAAUAGUGAGGCCUAAGGUCCACUACGCCAGGCCUGCUCACCCACCACCGGAUCCCCCCAUCCCUGAAGCUAGUGCCCUCGGGCAGGAGACACGGCACUCUGUCAUCAGCCUGGCUCAAGCAGAGUUUGAGCAGACCAAGCAGCGCCACUCCUUCCCUGAUCGACUGGUCCGUAGUCGCAGCUCAGACAUUGUGUGCCCAGGCCGUCGACCAACAAGUGACCCUGGGCUGAAUCGCCGUGUCGCAGUUGAAGAGCGUGACUCUGCCGGAGCCUUCGCUAUAGGGCCUUCUUCAUCACCAAGCAAAGACUCCUUGAAAGGGGAGGCUGAAGACAGAAAAGACAGUGAUGAUGAGAAGUCAGAACGCAACAGGCCUUGGUGGAAGAAGCGUUUCGUGUCAGCCAUCCCAAAAGUGCUGUAUUGGACGGCUGAGAGUGAUGUCCCAGCUCCGAUAGCCGCGUUUCGGAAACGAGACAAGCAUGAGAAAGAUGACACUGCCCCAGAGCGAAUCCCACAAGAUGACCCUUUGCCAAGACCCAGCUCCCAGGUCCAGGCAGCUGAAGACAUCUUGGACAAGUACCGAAACAUAAAGAGGACCAGUCCGAGUGAGGGAGCCACAGCAGGAGCAGUUUAUGAGGGUGCCGGAGACAUGGGUGUUGAGGAAAGUGUUCAUGACUCUCCAAGAGAAGAUGCUCUGCAGAACAUUUCUACGGACGACCUCCCAGAUUCAGCCAGUCAAACAGCUCAGCAGCAUGGAUCAAAGUUCUCCUUUAGCGAUGCCAAGAAAAAGUUGCGAUUGGCAUUGUGUUCUGCAGACUCAGUGGCUCUGCCUAUCCUGACUUCUACAACGACUAGAAAUGGUUUGCCUGACCAUAUGGACCCUGAAGACAAUGAGAUUGUGUGCUUCCUGAAAGUGCAGUUAGCAGAGGCCAUCAACCUCCAGGACAAAAACCAAAUGGCUCAGAUCCAGGAGACUACGCGUUGCGUAAGCCGUUUCGACCCCCGCACCUGUAGGAAGUUGAUUGCUGCAAUUGCAGAGGAUUACAGAAAGCGGGCUCCAUAUAUAGCGUAUUUAACAAGGUGCCGCCAGGGCUUGCAGACCUCCCAGGCCCAUCUGGAGAGGCUUCUCCAGAGAGUUCUGAGAGACAAGGACGUAGCCAACCGCUAUUUUACCACAGUAUGUGUUCGCCUCCUUCUUGAACACAUGGAGUCUAGGAUGCUUGACUUCAUCAAGGCUUUCCAAAAUUGCACAGCAGCAGAUGACAAGACUGCAGCAGUUGAGGAUUUUCUGCGCUACUUGUACGGCGCCAUGGCCCGUGAUGCCAUUUGGCAGUAUGCGAGUGAAGACCAGCUGCAGGAUGCCCAGAUGGCCAUCGAGCGCAGCGUUAUGAACCGCAUCUUCAAGCUGGCCUUUUACCCCAAUCAGGAUGGAGACAUUCUCAGAGAUCAGCUUUUCCAUGAACAUAUCCAGCGGCUCUCAAAAGUUGUGACUGCUAAUCAUAGAGCACUUCAAAUUCCAGAGGUUUACUUGAAGGAGGCACCUUGGCCCUCUGCACAGUCUGAGAUCAAAACCAUCAAUGCCUACAAGACACCCAGAGACAAAGUCCAGUGUAUACUGCGCAUGUGUUCCACCAUUAUGAACCUCCUCAGUCUGGCCAAUGAAGACUCUGUCCCUGGUGCUGAUGACUUUGUUCCUGUGCUAGUCUUUGUCCUCAUCAGGGCAAACCCGCCUUGCCUGCUGUCCACCGUUCAGUACAUCAAUAAUUUCUACGCCAGCCGGCUGAGUGGGGAGGAGUGCUAUUGGUGGAUGCAGUUCACCGCGGCGGUGGAAUUCAUUAAGACCAUCGACGAUCGCAAGUGA